CAUGCCUUUGCAGGGAUCAGCUCUGGGAAGGCACCGCUGGAACAAUGUAUUCAGCUGGCAGAGAGGCCCGGGGUGCGCCAGCACUGGCUGGCCUGCCAGCACUUAAUUAUUGAUGAGAUCUCCAUGGUGGAUGGCAAGUUCUUUGACAGGCUGGAGGCGGUGGCGAGGGCAGUCAGAAAACGGGAUGAGCCUUUUGGAGGAAUUCAGCUAAUCAUUUGUGGGGAUUUCUUGCAACUACCCCCAGUCUGCAAGGCUAAUGAAGAAACCAAGUUCUGCUUCCAGGCAAAAAGCUGGAGGAAAUGCAUCCACAUAAACAUGGAGCUGACUGAAGUGUGGAGACAGACCGACAAGACCUUUGUCUCGCUCCUGAGUGCAGUCCGCUUAGGCAGGUGCACAGAGGAGGUUACCAGACUGCUGAUGCAGACUGCUGCUAACAGGUCUGAGCGUGAUGGGAUCCUGGCUACACGGCUCUGCACCCAUAAAGAUGAUGUAGAAAUAACUAAUGAGAGACGCUUGCAACAGCUACUAGGAGAAGUGCAUGCUUUUGAGGCUUUGGACAGCGACCCGAUGCUAGUGAGGUUAAUUGAUGCUCAGUGUCCUGUGGGUGGUAGAGUUGAGCUAAAGCUUGGAGCUCAGGUGAUGCUAGCUAAGAAUCUGGAUGUGUCCCAAGGGCUGGUGAAUGGGGCACGAGGGAUUGUUGUAGGAUUUGAAAGUGAACAGAAGGGGCUGCCUAAGGUGAGGUUUCUCUGCGGGGUCACACAGGUCAUCAAAAUGGAGAAAUGGGUCUUCAAAGGACCAUCAGGAGUUCAUCUGAGUCGUCAACAGUUGCCUUUAAAAUUGGCAUGGGCCAUUUCCAUUCACAAGAGUCAGGGCAUGUCUUUAGAUUGUGUGGAAAUCUCCCUGUCUCGUGUCUUUGAAAGUGGGCAGGCUUAUGUAGCCCUUUCCCGAGCCCGUAGCCUUGCAGGUCUCCGUGUUCUGGAUUUUGAUCCAAAAGUGGUGAAAGCUGAUCCUUCUGUGUUGCAGUUCUAUAGACAGCUGAGACGUCAUCAACUUCUAACUGAG